CAGACACAACCACAUCAAGUGUGCUGUUACAAAUAAUUCUCAUGACAAUUGCAGCUUCUUCACUGCCUCAUCUAUUUUAA